AUGUUCACUGGAGUUCGUCGAUUUGACCCUACCCAGGGCGGACAGGCGUCGCCUGUACCAUUCAAGAAGGUCAAACACGAGGAGGAGGAAAGCAAGCCUGAAACCAAUGCUGACGAGCACUCUGAGGUGGAAUAUGAGGAGGAGUCUGGGGACGACUCCAUGGAUGAGGCUGAGGAGGCCAAGAAGCCCGUGGAGGUCAAGGACGAGGAGGAGAGCGAAGAUGAGAACCUUACAGCCGACCAGAAGCGAAAGAAGAAGCAGGAAGCCGCCAACCUGGCCAAGCGAGCGGAGGAAAAGGCUCUAGAGCGAAAGCGAAAGCGAGAACAGCAUAUGGGCGAGGAGGACUCUGAUAGUGAAGAUGAUCUGGCGCCUAUCAAGAUUUCUGGCAACAACAAAAUCAAGCUUGCUAAGGGAACCAUUCGAGCUAAGGGCUUCGAGGAGCUUCCCCAGACUGAAAUCUAUGAGGAUAAACCCGAUGAGAGUGCAACCAUCUCUCGAAAGACCCAACUUCAGACACAGCCCAUUUUGCGAAAUGCUACUUAUGUGGAAAUUGACGAUGUUGGAUCAUUUGAUGAGUUUGAUCUGAGCAAAAAUAUGAUGAAGAACCUGGACACUUUAGGAUACACAAAGGCAUUUUCUGUGCAGAAGGCAGUCAUUCCUUGGCUUCUGGCCCAGCAAAAGCUCCUUGCCCCCGAUCGAAAGCCCGAUCUUCUUGUUUCUGCAUCCACCGGUUCCGGUAAGACCGCCACUUACGGAAUCCCCAUUAUCGAGAAGCUCCGAGACCGUAUUGUUCCUCGAAUCAGAGCUGUGGUUGUACUCCCUACAAAGCCCCUGGUCAUGCAAGUCCGAGACGUGCUUGAAAACCUAUCCAAGGGAUCUUCUUUGUCUGUUGUGGCUCUUCGAAACGACCGAAGCACCAAACGUGAACGGGCUGUUCUGGAGACUGCCGAUAUCGUUGUGGCAGCCCCUGGUCGACUUGUGGAGCAAGUGAAGGAGAACCCCGAGCUCUUCUCUUACAUCGAAUUUCUGGUGGUUGACGAGGCCGAUCGUCUGCUUGGCCAGGACUACUACGACUGGGCCUCUGUGUUGCAGAACAACCAGCAGCGGGCCCAGGCUGGUAAGACCAACCUCACUGAGCACUACGUUCGAAACAUGCAAACACUUAUUUUCUCAGCCACCCUCACAGCCAACCCCGAACACAUUGCAUCCAUGGACAUCCACAAUCCUGGCGUUUUUGUCAUUGGUAGUUCUGACAGCUACUCUAUUCCCAAGAGUCUUACAGAGAUUGUCACCCACGUGUCUGCUGCCGAGAAGCCUCUUAUGCUGUGCGAGCUGCUAGUGCAGAGAGAUAUCAACAGAGGCGUGGUGUUCACUAAGAGUUCCGAAACUGCUGCUCGUGUGGCUCGCAUGAUGGAGAUUAUGGACGCGGACAUUUUCCACAAGGAUUGGAAGAUAGCGGCUGUUUCUGCCGAGACUUCUUCUGUGCACCGACGACGGUCCAUGAAGCAGUUUAUUGAUGGCAAGAUCGACUUUCUGGUCUGUACCGAUUUGGUUUCUCGAGGUAUCGAUUUCGUGGUGGAUAAUGUGAUCAACUACGAUAUCCCUAGUGGAAAGCGAGAGUAUGUGCAUCGAGUGGGUCGAACUGCCCGAGCAGGCAGAGAAGGUAACGCAUACACCUUCCUCACUGGCUCUGGAGAAGCCAAGUGGUUCCGGGAGAUUGGCGAGUUUGUGGGUCGAACCCAGGAGGUGGAUGCCACUCAUAUCAACAGUUCCCAUAACGACGGAUACCAGGAGGCUCUUGCCAAGCUGGAGGAGGAGGUUUAG